UUUAAUUUUGUUCUGGUUGUCCUGCGUCAGUUUUGGUAUCAGAGCAAACACCGAUCUGUUGAAGCAUCAUCGCAAGAAAGAGCCAGAAAAUAUCACCCAAAAAAAAAAAAAAAACCAGAUUUUGAAGCCAACCAGAAACCUCUAGUCCAGAACCCACAAUCAAGUUUCCAAAUCCCUUGCAACCACAGAGAGAGAAAAAAAACCACGUCAAGACCCAUCGGCAACCUCAACUCACCACUGUUGAGAUUGACCCACCAGCCGCUGAAACCCACAGACCAGCACUUAGCCGCCGCCGACCCAUUAGCCACCGCUGCCGACACCAUCUUCACCUUCAACUACCGCCGCUGAGGACGUCGACCACCACCGAUGCCAAGACCCAAGACAUCGCGCAGCCACUCCUCUACAAUUCAAGCCGCUGCUGUCUUCCCUGUCUUCGCGCCGCUACAGCCGUCGAUCCCUAGCACUGCGUCCAUCACCAAGCCUCUUUUCAAUUUAGAGAAUGUUGUCUCUUUUAGUUUCUAUGGUUUCCUUUUUUUUUUUAAAAAGUCUGUCCUGUAGUUUGCGUUCUUUUUAAGUCUAUUGCUUGCUUUCUUUAAGUCUGUAGUUCCUUAAGUCCAGCAGUGUAUUUUAUUAUUUUGCAAAAAAAAAAAAAAAAAAAAAAAAAAAAAGAAAAGAGGGCCAAGCAGAGUCCAGGCCCGUGACAGACCAGUCCAAGCCCAGUUCCAGCACUACCUGUCCAGAGAACAUCACAGCAGCCCAGCUUAUCCACGAGAUUUUGUCAACUGGAUGAAUGGGAUGGAGCGAUUCUUUGAGCAAGCAAAUUUUGCAGAUAACAUAAAGGUUAGGUAUGCCAAGUCGAAGUUAAUAGGUAAAGCACAGAGGUUUUGGGAGAAUCUUGAACGUUUCCGCUAUAUGGAUUAUGAACCUGCCAUUACUGUGUGGGAAGAUAUGAAAGAAAAGCUUUGUGAUGAGUAUUUGUCACCAUACUAUCGAGCUAAGUAUCUACCCCAAUCUCAGUGUGGUACUUUUCAAGUUGAAGCAAAUGCGAUGAAUCCUCAUCCUCAUCCCAUAUCAUGUCCUCAGUGCACUUUUGAACAAUCUACCAAGGAAUUAUCUACCAGGAAAGUAACGGAAUUAACUGUAAAGCCCAUGAAAGAGAUUCAAGACAGGAUUGCUCAGAUGAAGCAAAUGAAGACUCAACCUGAUUCAAUUGGGAAACCAAGGAUAAUUGAUCACAAUGAACUUAUUGAUGCCCCCAUAAAAGAUAACAUUGAUGGUGAUAUCUUGGUCGUGGAGAAUCCUCCCGCAACACCAAAGCCUAAUGUUGACAUAGACGUACAUACCUCGACAAGUGUUGCUUUAACAAGCAUGCAAGGAAAUGAAUCUAUUGAAGAACAGCAAGGUGAAAAGAUGGCGCCUAAAGAGAGUAUUAUGUUAGAGGGUGCACAUGAUGUGAAAGUUGAAGUUGUUGAAUGUGCUUCUAAUCAACCCUUCACAGUCCUUGAAGAUCUACAUCCUGGUGAAGUCGAAGAGGUUAAAACCACAGAACUUCCUAUGGUUCAUAAGGUUCACGAAGAGAUUAUACUGAUUCCACACAUUGAUUUUGUUAUUCCAAAUGAGUUUGACGUGGUGGAAUUCAAGGUUUUUCUUUUCCCUAUGCUCCCUAAGGUGAUUUCAAACUUGAAGCAAGUGUUGUUUGUCAGCAUCCUAAUCCUUCAAUGCUUUAAAACUCGAGGUUGAGUUUUCUCCAACCAGAGGAGAAUGAUGCGGGAGAUGAAAGAGAAUUAUUAUUUAAUAUUAUUUAUGUUUGCAAGUCAAUUGUAUUUUUAUGUUUUAGGUCCUAGUAGUUUAUUGGGC